AUGAAUCUUCGCAAACGGGAAACACAAGGACAAGUCGGGCAAAAUGAAGGUGGUGGGACGGAUAUCAAAAUUCAAAAUUCUAUUGCUGAACAUACACAACUCUCGAACAACACUGUCAACAAACAAACCAUAAAUAAUAUUAAUAACAGUACAAAUAAUACUUUAAAUAAAGAUAAUUUAAAAGGUAAUGAAAUAUCAAAUAUUUCACCCAAAAAUGUGAUACAAUCCAACACAACACUGAAUAUUGAAGAAAGCAGUAGUGAAAUCAAGUUAAAUGAAACCACUACUAGCAAAUUAGAUAUUAACAAUCCUGGAGUUUUGAAGAGAGGCCUUAUAGUGUUUGGUGGAUUUGCACUGAUGGCUGGUGCCUAUUUUAUAUUUUACAAAAGAAGCCAUAAGAAAAAUGAUGCCAACAACUCUCAUAACACCAGUGAAACAAACCAGUUUAGAUAUGGUGUUCUUCAGUCUGACGAUCGAAGAGAGAACAUGGAACUUUCAAGAAUUCCCCUAACAAUGGACUCGGAUGAUGAUGAUGAUGAGGAUUUGGAAAUUUUCGAUUUGGGCCAGAAACAGAAAUCUUUGUCGUAUGUUAACUUGCAAACACAUGAAGAUGAGGCUAUUAAUAAUUCUAUGGAUGUUGACAAAGAUGGAGACAAUCUUCUAUUGGAUAUUGAAGAUGCAUCAACAGACACUUUAAUAAACUGGUCAAAUAAUGGUAACAAAACUAUUUUA